AUGGCCAGCGCCGACGCCGCCCCAGGCGCGUCUGCCGCCGCGCCGCAGGGCGGGAUGGCGCCGCCUGCAUCGGCCAGCCAGCAGGCACAGGAUUUGCGAAACUGCGACGAGGGCGCGUCGGGGCGCUGCCAGGCCUCAGCGAGCAACGGCGACGUCGUGUCCACCAUAUCCAAGGAAGCCGCGCCGUCGUCUCACGCUGGCGACGGACCAGCGCCGCAACCCGGCGGCGGUGACGAGACUAGCGAGGGCGCCAACGGCGCACCAGGGCGGCGGCGGCGGCCGGCAGGCCCCCGGCAACCCAAGCGCCGCGACCGCCACAGAAGGCAGGACAGCGACAGCGAUCGAGAGGACAGCGGCAGCAGCGAGGGCGUCGGCGCGGCCGGUGCCAGUGGCGGCGAGGAGCGGCUGAUGUCAGUGGGGACUGCUGAGUGCACGCCGUCGGGUGCGGACUUUCCCAUGGGGGGUCGUUUGAACCGUUCGUCGUCGCCGGCGGCACAGUGGGAGGGCGCGAGGGAGGACAGCGCGGGAGGUGAGUCGGGGCGGCGGCGGCAUCAAAGCCCCAGCUUGAGGGGGAGCGGAGCGCCGUCGCGGGGCGAGGGCAGCCGGCAGGCGCCACCGGCCCCGCACGAGCCGCCAGACGCGGAUGUGAGUGCCUCUGAGCCGUCGGCGGCGGCGGUCUCUUCCUGGGCCUCGGCGGCGAUGGCGGGCACGUCUUCGGAGGACGGCGGUGGCAUGCAUGGAGGGCGCAAGGCCCGCAACGGCCUGCGGGGGGCUGCAGGGGGGCCGGCGCCUGUUGCCAAUGGGCGGCACAGCCCGGGCCCGACGCAGCCGCGCGCACAGCCAGCGGCGCAGCAGCAGCCCAAGCAGCGGCCGGCGUCGCCGGGCGCCCUGGGUAAGCAGAGCAACCCGCCGCGAUCGCCAGGGCCAGCGGCGGCCAGGACGCCCAACGGGAAGCCGCCGCCGCCGCCGAUGAACGGUAUUGUGUCUCCAGGCCGCGGCGGCGGCGGCAGCGGCGGCGCAUGCGAGCCCGGCGAGUGGGAUGGCUCCCUGCCGAUCCCCCUCACGCGCGACCUGCUGCGGCGGUUUGGCCUGGAGGUGGGGCCGCUCAACGGCGCGCUUCUGCCCGACCAGGCGCGGCUGCGCGAGCACCUGGCGCGGAUAACGCCGGAGGUGCUGCCCGAGGCGCUGCUGUGCCAGCUGGCGGCGGUUGUUGGCGGUGGCGGGGAGGACGGGGAGGCCGCGGCUGCGGUGGCUGCCGCUCUCCAGCGGCGGCAGCAGCAGCAGCAGCAGCAGCAGCAGCAGCAGCAGCAGCAGGCUGCCAAGCACGAGCACCCGCGGCAGCCGACCGACCCGCGUCAGCACCUGCACCAACAAACCAGCCCCCGCCACCACCAUCACCACCAUCACCACCACCAUCACGAGCAGCACGGCGAGCACACCCACCAUGAGCGUCUCGGAGGCGCGCGCCGCCAGGCGCCCGACUUCGAUAGUGCGAGUGUCCUGUCGGAGCGCUCCGCGCCGCCCGCGCCCGACGCGUCCAGCGCAGAGGAGGGGUGGCAGCCCGUGGUCAGCCGCCGCGCGGCCAGCCGCGCGGCGGCGGCGGCCGCGGACAGGAGCGACACGAUGUCGGACCCAGGGAC